GAGAACACGCACAUACUGAGAGCAGGACGUAGCCAGAGCACCAUCAGCGUGGGGUAAUCAGGUCAAAGGACAAGAGCACGCACUUUCUGAGAGCAGGAUGUGGCCAGAGCACCAUCCCGGGGUCUUAAUGAGCUGUCAGAAGAUAUCUUUAGUAUGUACUAUCUUUUAUUUCUGUACGAGUCUCACUCUUAUUCAGGCAUACUAUCUAAGCCGUGUUUUCUUGGUGAUAUGUUAACACUACUAACUUUGUGCGACAAGAACAGAGUGUACGUAUCGUUGGCGCCAUCAUAUGUGCAUGCUGAGGACCACGAUGAGAUUGUUUUCUAUGAGGGCGAGCGAAGCUAUGCAAAAGUCGCUGGUGCUAUAGCGGAUGAUUGCAAUGUCUUUUUCUACCGCGGCAUACUAUACAACAUACCAGCCAACACCAAUUCUACCCCACCCUUCACCUGCAUCACAAGCGGGCGUUACAUUAGUGUUUUCAGCAGUGAAGAUUAUGUGCCCAUGGUGGAAGGAAUCGCGGAUGCUAUUUUUUUUGAGGUUGAGUCGCUCGAGGUUGGAGAGAGAGCAUUAAGGAAUGCGAUUGAAAGAUCUCCUGGACAGAUCCCUGCGAUAAGAACUAUCAUUCAUUAGUACUUAGUAGCGAGCCCAUGCGUUGUUGGCCAUAUAUCCUAGAUCUGUUUUUGUUCGUUCUCACUGUGAUAAGGAAG